UCAAUGCCUUUUGGAUGAAUAUGCAAACUGUGUCUAAUGGACCUAGACAAGAUCUAAUUUGAUGGGCUUUCCUAUCUGUUUAAACAUCUGUAGAUAACAGCUGCAUGGUGUGGUAGGAUUUGCAUCAGGAUCACAGAUCUGUCUUGCCCUGCUACUGACACUGCUGUUCUCUGCCUGGUCUCCAAAUUCCUUCCUUUCCUACGCACUCUGGACCCUUCAGCCUGUGACUCUGCUUUGCAUCCCUACCAUUUUGAUGUGUGUCCUUUCGCAAAGAGCCCUUCUGGUAGGUCGCAGGUUGGGCUGGGCAGUGCCGGGGAGCCAGAGCUGUUGUAAGUUGGGAUCCAGGGGGGUUUCCCAUUUGUCUAAGGCCAUGAGGUUGGUCCAGUUCAAAGCCAAGGGAUCAGCGGUUGCACCCCGGAUCGGGCUGGAAGAGAAAGAAGGAGGCAACGUGAUAGACCUGAAUGCUUUUGAUCCAUCUCUGCCCAAGACCAUGAGGGGAUUCCUGGAGGAAGGAGAUGCAGCAUUUGCCAUAGCUAAGAGGGCACAAGAGUCUGGCCAACAUGUCCUGCCCCGUGCGGAAGUGUCCCUCUUGGCUCCCAUAACUAACCCCGAUAAAGUGAUCUGUGUGGGAAUGAACUAUGUGGACCAUUGCUUGGAACAGAAUGUGAAAAUCCCCAAGGAGCCCAUCAUAUUCAGCAAGUUCCCCAGCUCCAUUGUGGGACCCUACGAUGAGAUCAUCCUCCCAGCGGAGAGCAAUAAAGUAGACUGGGAAGUGGAGCUGGCCUUUGUCAUUGGGAAGAAAGGAAAGCACAUCCAGGAGCCGGAUGCCAUGAGCCAUGUUGCAGGGUUCACCGUUGCCCACGAUGUGAGUGCCAGAGACUGGCAGACGGAGAAGAAUGGGAAGCAGUGGCUUCUGGGGAAAACGUUUGACACCUUCUGCCCUCUGGGACCAGCUCUGGUCACCAAGAACUCCGUGUCAGAUCCGCAUAACCUGGGGAUCCGCUGCAAGGUGAAUGGGGAGCUUGUCCAAAACAGCAGCACCAACCAGAUGAUAUUCAAAACAGAGGCACUCAUUGCAUGGGUCUCCAAGUUUGUCACCCUGUACCCAGGUGACAUUUUCCUCACCGGGACUCCUCCAGGUGUCGGAUUUUUCCGGAAGCCUCCAGUGUUUCUGAAGAGAGGCGACGAAGUCCAGUGCGAGAUUGAUGAACUGGGAACCAUCCGAAACAAGGUGGCUUGAUUGGGUAGCUUCUGAUCCCGAAUAGCUGCAGCUACAAAUGCCUUAAUACUAGUUUCUAAUCGGGAACACAGACUGGUCUAAAAUUUCCUUAAUGGGCCUCCUAACUGAUUGGUUGCCUCUUCCGGAACUUCUCAUAGCCACAGGACUGGAGAGACAGCCAGCCACAGAUCAAGUCCCAGUCAACGGCUGCUGGACACUUCCAUGAACAGCAGCAAUUAAAGAGAGCACAUGUGAAGCGUGUAUCUAUUAGUCACAGCAGACCUGCCUGCCCCACUUCUAACCAGGCUCUGGUGUCCAAAAAGCUAUGAUACGAGUGCACAGGUGGAUAUGUCAAUCUGUUUAAGGCAAAAAGAAACAGGGAGCUGGGACAAAAAGGAAGUCAGGAGACAAGAGUUUGUUGGACAGUCUCAGGGCUCUUUUUGUAGAAAAAGCCCAGCAGGAACUCAUUAGCAUAAUAGGCCACAC